UAUGUAUAACAGGAAACACUGUAUUGUUUAAGUUAUACUGGAUUUAUCCCGACAUAUUCAAUGUAACGACGAGUUUUCUUUUGAAAUAAAAAAAUACCUGCUUGAUUUAGAUUUGUCAACAAACUACCUGCGAUGGGUGAUGGUUCGAAAGAGAAUGACCACGAAAACAAUCAUUUGCGGAUAGCAAAUUUAGUUUUUAAAGUAGCCCCACCAGCAGUGAGGGAUUACUUCGACAAGCAGUUUAAUCCUGGUGGUCUUCAAACUGUUUUAAAUCAACACAGAUUCAAAAAAUUAAACUCUCUGAAAUCGAGGCGGAUUAUAAAUCAAAAUCAAUGGGAUUUAUUGUUUCCUUCAGUCGGUGCUGCAUCAUCGCUAUCAUUCGAUUUAACUCUUAUGAUUUGUUUGCUACGCAAUUUGGCUAACAUUAAAGUAGCAGACAAAUUACCCUGCGAUACAGAUGAAAGUAUUGAAGCCGAUUUGACAAGAAUCAAGUGCUAUCGGAACAGAAUUGCACAUUCCGAUUAUAAAAUAUUGUCAGAGGAAGAAUUCAAUAUCCAAUGGGACGCAAUUAGCUUGGCAAUCACUAGACUUGGAGGCGAGAGAUUUAAAGCGAUAUGCCGUGACCUCCAGAAUUACAAGCUUGAUAAGGAAGUAUUGGUAGAAAUAAGAAAUUUAAAUGUAAUGAGAAAUACUAUACCUAAAGGAUUGCAAGAAGUUCAUGAUGAAAAAAUUAAAGAAUGGAGAGACGAAGUUAAAGAUGUAGUUGAGACCACAGCUAUAAAAGCAUUAGAAGACAUGACUACUACAAAAAGCGUCAUUUUUGUUAUUGGUCCCUCGGGAUGUGGGAAGUCUACUUCUGUACACUACGUAACUUUAAUAUUACAUGAUACAAAGGACUAUGAUAUAUUACCGGCCUUUUUUCCAAAUGAUAUUAUCCAAUAUUAUAACCCAAAUAGUCAGCAGAUAUUCAUUUUCGAUGAUUUAUGUGGCAAAUAUUCUAUAGACGUGCAAACGCUCAACACAUGGAUUAAACUUUCGGGCGAUAUACAAAAGAUUCUCGUGCAGGGUAAAGUUAAAAUUUUCAUGACAUGUCGAUCACAUAUUUUUCAUGAUAAAAAGUUUCAAAGAUUUAAUUUAUCCGCAGAAAGAUUCGAUUUAGUGUGUGCUAAGUAUGCUUUAUCAGACGAAGAGAGAUACCUUAUUGCAGAAAAAUAUUUAUCUCCUGGGCAAAUGCAAACGUUAAAAGGACACAAAAACCUCAUACAGUUCGACUGUUUUCCGCUCUUAUGUAAGCUUUUCCUAUCUAAAAAAACUUGUGGUAUUGUGAAGUUCUUUUCUGGUCCGGUAGAACUAUUAAAAGAUGAUUUACUGUAUCUGAUGAAAGAAGAUGACCAGACAACCAUCGCAACACUGUCUCUGUUUGUUUUAUUCAAUAACUGUAUUCUAGAGACGGACUUUAUUCCAGCAAAGGAUUUUUCUCCUCGUAAUAAAGCAAUGAACGAUAUUUUGAAUCACCUUUCUAACACAUAUAUAACAACCCAACAUCUGUCCUUUGCAGUUGUGAGGAAUCAGAUUGAGAGUCUAAAAAACUCGUAUAUAAAGAAAACUGGACAUGAAUAUCGCAUUAUUCAUGAUAAAUUAUUUGAUAUUUUGGCCUCGUUUUGCGGAGAGCACAUGGAAGACCUUCUGCUGGACUUUUGCCCACCCGAAUUUAUUCGUGAUCGAUUUCAAUUUGAAUCAAUAGAAGAAGAUAUGGAUGAAUGUAUCAUUAAGAUAAAAAAGAAUCGAGAAAAUCAAUAUUUUGAUCGUCUUUAUGAAGACAUAAUCAGUGGAUUUGGAUCCAAUGUAUUUACAAAUAGACAGUUGCAAUUCGAAUCAUUCCGUUGCAAAUUUGUUGAAAAUAUACAGCAACGAAUAAACUUAAAAGAAACAUCAAUUUUCUUUACGGGAGAAUCUCCGUUUCUAGAUGUUGUUAAGAAAGGACAUUACGAUAUCGCUGAAAUGCUUUUAAAAUUUAACCUCGACGUAAACGUUCGUGAUAAAAUGGGAAGAACGCCUCUCUAUUUAGCCGCAGAAGAAGGCCAUACUAACAUGGUAAAAUUAUUGGUUGCUCAUGACUGUGACCCACAUAUAAGUCGGAAGGAUUAUUGGCACAAAGGUGAGACACCCAUCUAUAUAGCUUCAUCAAAAGGCUAUUUAGAUAUUGUGAAGAUGCUUUUCAAAACAAAGCCGGAUUGCUUCCGAUGUAGGCAGGAUGACUUUUUGGCAGGUAGAACACCACUGCACGAGGCAACUUAUAAUAACAAUUUAGAAAUUGUUAAAUUUUUCAUGAAAAAAGCGUGUGAUCCUAACAUCAUAAAUGAGAAUAACGAAUCGCCAUUAUGGCUUGCUUCGAAAGAAGGUCAUUUCGAUAUGGUCAAUGUAUUGUUAUAUAAUAAAGCCAACCCUAAUUUGCAUACAAAGAAGAAUGGAACACCACUCUCAAUAGCUUCUUGGUAUGGUUGGACAAAUAUUGUGCAAAUAUUGCUUGAACGUGGAGCAGAUCCAAAUAUCGUUAAUUCUAAAAAGUGUUCACCGUUAUUCUAUGCUGCCCGUGAAGGUCAAGUAGAAAUUGUUACACAUUUACUGACGCAUGGAGCAAAAAUUAAUGCUGUAACACAAUAUUUUAAAUCACCACUUUUCAUAGCUGCGCAUCAAGGUAAAUUUAAAGUUGUUGAAAUUCUCAUAGAAAACAAAGUUGACGUAAAUAUUUGUAAUGAUGAGAAUGAAUCUCCUUUAUUUACAGCUGCAAGUAGGGGCAAAUUUGAAAUUGUAAACCUGCUAUUACGUAAUGGUGCAAAACAGAAUAUUCGAACAACAUACAACAGAACCGCAUUGAGUAUCGCUCGCGAGAAAAGGCACCUUGAAAUAGUUGAACGUCUUAGUGAGCGUAAUGUACAAUGUUUAAACAGGGCGCGCGUGCCUCGUGCUAUCGAAGGACAAAUAAGUUCAACAGGUACAACGAUUACAAGACAGACCUCCAUGCCCCAACUAAUUUCACAUACAAACGUUACUAUGCAGGGAGCCUGCUCUAUUAUGUGAAUAUCAUAUGAAGUAAAAUAGGCUUUUUAAUCACAGUUUUAAAUGAUUUUGACUUUUUUGAAUCAUAGAUACAAAAUCCAAAAAUAGACUUUUCGUUGGAAAUUUAUAGCAAUUCCUAUCUUUGAUUAAAAUAUCAUUAGCAGUA